CCACUUGUCAGCGGACAAAAACGGCCGCUGUCUCACAAUGCUCGCAGUAGACUUGUUGCGAGUGACUAGAACUCACCCGACGCCUUAAAGAUUCCUGCACAUCGCUGCGAGGAACAAUAAGCGAAACUUUUUACGUCUUAGAAAACCGAACCCAAAGGAACAAAAAUGAUUUUCGGCAAGUUGAAAAAGUUUGAGAUCGUCUUCGACUCCUCGGAGGUGGACUGUCCGGUGUUCAGCAGCGGGGACGUGGUGUCAGGUCGCGUGCUGCUGGAGCUGUUCGGGGAGACGCGGGUGGACUCCCUGAAGCUUCACGCUGAGGGGUUCGCCAAAGUGCACUGGACCGAGUCCCGGUCGGCCGGCUCCAGCACCGCGUACACCCAGAACUUCAGCGACGAAGUGGAGUACCUGAACCGCAGAGAGGUCCUCCUGCAGGCAGAUAACGGUGAAGCAACCACCCUUCCUGCCGGCAGACACGAGUUCCCAUUCAGCUUCCAGCUUCCAGAGGAGACGCUGGUCACCUCCUUUGAGGGGAAGCACGGCAGCAUCCGCUACUGGGUCAAAGUGAAGCUGCACCGGCCGUGGGCCCCCGUCAGGAAAACCAAAAAAGAGUUUACGGUUAUCGAACCCAUCGACAUCAACACGCCGACCUUCCUGGCACCACAAGCCGGAACGAAGGAUAAGAUGGCACGGGCGUGGUACCGCAACUUUGGACAGGUGUCUGUAACCGCAAAGAUUGACCGUAAAGGCUACACACCAGGUGAAGUGAUUCCAGUGUUUGCAGAGUUUGAUAACUCCACCUCCAGAUCAAUCGUCCCCAAAGCCUUCAUCACUCAGACGCAAACCUUCAUCGCCCGCGGAACCAUGAAGCAGAAGCGCUCCGUGGUCGCCACCCUCUGCGGCGACAUCGUCGGUGCCAGAUCCCGCGAAACCUGGCAUGGCCGCGCCAUAAAGAUCCCGCCCGUGGGUCCGUCUAUCUUGCAGUGCCGUAUCAUUAAAGUGGAGUACAUGCUGAAGGUUUGUGUUGAUGUUCCGGGAACAUCUAAGCUGUGUUUGGAGCUGCCGCUCGUCAUAGGGACCAUCCCCCUCCAUCCCUUCGGCAGCAGGACGUCCAGCAUCAGCAGCCACUACAGCCUCAACCUGGACUGGAUGCGCAUGGCCAUCCCCGAGCAGCCAGAGCCUCCUCCAGAUUACAGCUCUGUGGUGACACAGGAAGAGGCGGAGCAGCAGAAUAACGCUGUCUCCUGCCAACCGGCUGAGGAUCUGAGCGGGAUCCUGGAGCGACCCCUCAUGGCGUUCGUCCAAGAGUUUCGCUUCAGACCGCCGCCUGUCUACAGCGAGGUUGACCCCAACCCCCAGCCCGUCAACAUGCGACCUCGCUGCAUGACAUGUUGAACCACGAGUGCUGCUUGAGCGAUAAGCAGCUUUUUAAAAUUUCAACUCCAUGAAGAGAUUUGUAUUCUCCUGGAUUACUCCUCUCUGGUGAAGAGCACUUGUCCCACCGUCGGGUCGUGGCGGUGGACUGAGGCGGCGCAGAGAGACGACGAGCCGGCCGGCGCCUAGCGCAGUAAAGCCGACGGUUUCCCCGGUUCUGCCGGGAGGGAAGCCACUUCUUUGCAUCGGUUCCUGAACUCCCCAAGUGAUUUUUGACUCCGAACGACAGGAGCACCAAAAUAUCUCAAUCAAUUUCCUUUAUAUGAAGAGACUUUGACACUUAAGGAAUUUUUGAUAUUUUUUUGGGGGGGGUGGGAGAUGAGAUCACUUGAUAUUUCUCAGGCAGAAAGUUGCAGAAAUAUUUGCAAAGAAGGGCUCUUGAUGAGGCGUCUUUGAGUGGCGAAAAGAAAAAGUGCAAUUACUGUAUCAGUUUCUAACUGGUCUUCGUUCACUUCAGGAUUAUUAACCUCUACGUUGUUAUGCAUUGUGUGACUCGGCAGCCUCUUAUUGUGACUGUAUGAAGAUGAUCAGGAAGUCGGGAAGAGCUUAAGGAUGUGUUUCAUGCAUGCGAAAAGGGAAAAAAGUGCCUUAGUUAGCUGCAGUUUAACGUUGCAGGAGCGUAAAGUAAGGCGACUCUCAGAACUGGAUAGAGAUGAUUAAUUAUUGAAAGAACAAAAACGGUCACGGUGUAAGCGUUUGAACUCCAAGAGUCGUUGUGUAAAUGGGAGCACUGAUAGCUGUGGUCAAUGAUUUCCACAAAGUGAUGAAACAGAAUAAAGCCGUUUGCUUAAAGGCUGAAGGAAGCCUGCAGACGAGCUCUAAGAACUCUGAAACCUUUGAGCCAUGUGGACUGAAGCUCUCAGCGGGGAGCCUGUGAGGUCCAGCCUUAAGGUGAUAAUGCCACUGUUUUCAAAGGACAUUCCAAAAAAAAAAAAUAAAAUAAAAAAUAACCUCACUGGAGGAUUUUAUGCUCCUCAAUUCCAAAAAAAAAAACUGUGGGGUCUGAUGACUCCAAAUUCAGGAGCAGCUCUGAUACUUCAGCGAUCCACGCUGAAGAUACGAGUUUUUUGCGUUUUUUACACAUGUAUUUUGUGAUUAAAUUUUUGUAAAAAAAUCUUUCUAAUAAAUAAAAGAAUAAAGAAAAAAA